AUGGUUGCAUUAGAAAGAAAGAGAAAGAUAGAAGACCAUUCUUCAAAUGGAACUCACAAAAGACUGAAGUCGCUCACGACUUCAUCAUUUGUUUUGCACUCAUAUUCAAAACUACCAGACCUCAAUACUAUGCCAUCAGCGCAAAAGACCGGACUUGAUAUUUUUGUUUGGGGGACAGGAUCCAUGUGCGAAUUGGGACUAGGACCUGCAGCAAAUACAAAAGAAGUCAAAAGACCAAGAUUGAAUCCUUAUUUAACCGAAGAACGAUUGGGCGGUACCAAAAUUGUUGAUUUUGCUGUGGGUGGAAUGCACACCCUAGCUCUUGAUGGAAAAAAUCGAGUAUGGUCUUGGGGAAAUAAUGACAGCGGAGUUUUGGGUAGGGAUACAUCACACUCCAAGCAAGUUUUGAAAGACUUAGACGCCCCUGAAAGUGACGACGAAGAUGGAGAUUUAAACGAAGCAGAAUCCACGCCUUCCUUGGUUCAAGGUUUGGACGUCAAAGAUCAGAUUGUGCAAUUAAUUGCCACCGACAAUUUGAGUGCUGUUUUAUUGUCUAAUGGUGAUGUUUAUGCAUGGGGCUGUUUUCGUUGCAAUGAAGGCUUAUUGGGCUUUUUGCGAGAUGAAAUAAAAUUACAAAGGACUCCGAUGAGGAUCGCGGAGCUUAAGAACAUCGUUCAGCUAGCUGCUGGGAAGGACCACAUUUUAGCUCUUGAUUCGAAAGGAAUUGUAUCGGCUUGGGGAAAUGGUCAACAAUUUCAAUUGGGUCGCAGAAUCAUGGAAAGACAUCGUUUAAGAAGUUUGGAGCCGCAACAAUUCGGACUUUAUAACAUUAGGUAUGUUGCUAGUGGCGAUUACCAUUGUUUUGCGAUCGAUCACAACGAUCAAGUUUAUGCUUGGGGCUUGAACCAAUUCGGUCAAUGUGCACUCACGGGAUCGAAUGGUGAAUUAGAGGAUGGUUCGAUUUUGAUGAAGCCUACUUUAAUACCAGAAUUGUGCGAUUUGGAGAUCAAACAAAUUGCAGGAGGGGAACACCAUACACUUGCUCUCACCGGUGAUGGAAGGGUUUUAGCAUGGGGUAGAUAUGAUAUGAAAGAGGUGGGAAUUCCUGAAAAUGAACUUCCAAAGUCAACGUAUAAGGACCAGCAUGGCAAACCAAGGUCCGUCCCAUCACCAACGCGACUCAGGUUUGGAAACGAUGAUGUGAAAAUCAAGACGGUUGGUGCAGGUUCUCAUCAUUCCUUUGCUGUAACUGAGGAUGGCUUUGUUUACUCCUGGGGAUUUUCUGAGACCUACGCACCUGGCUUAGGUAACUUGGACGAUGAUGUGGACAAACCCACCAGAAUUGUGAACACUGCUACGAAGUACGAGGAUAUCUUUAUGAUUGGAGCUGGUGGUCAAUUUUCCGUCAGCGGGGGGGUCAGAAUUAAAGACGAGGAUGUAGCAGAGGCAAGAUUAGAAAAAUACGAAGAUAUUGACGGGUAA